AUGGCCACAUCAAAAGUACCAGCAGCCUCUCCUGGCGAUGCUUACUCGGACGGCUCGAUCUCGAUGCGAACACCGUCCAUGAAGUUCAUAUACCGCCUCGAGUGCGAAAUGGCAAAGGACAGUCACUUUGUUGGAGCUCAAUCAGGCACAAGCAAUGCUAGAGUCAUUAUGCCCAUUGUUGGCGGCACUGUGAAGGGGCCUCAGAUCUCGGCAAUCAUAGAGCACAUGAGUGGAGCAGAUUGGGGUCUUGCUAUUGGAGGAACAGGCCUUACGCGUCUGGAUGCAAGAUACACUCUCAAGACCGACGACGGACACUACAUUUACGUCCGCUCGAAAGGCAUCUUCAAACCCGGUCCUGGCGUGGACAUUGACCCCAAAACUCGUACUCGCAUGACCCAAGACGAAGUCGAAUGGUUCACCCGCUUGCAGUUCGAGGCUUCGGGACCAUAUGACUGGAUGAACAGCGUCUUCGGCAUAGGUGUCCUGGCUAUGAAUGACAGCAAGAUCUUGAUAGACGCUUACGAGCUGACGAACUUCAUGUAA